AUGGCUCCAAACCCAUCCGCCUCGGCGCGCCAACCGCUGAAAAUCCUCAUGCUCCACGGCUACACCCAGUCUGGCCCCCUCUUCCACGCAAAGAGCCGCGCCCUCGUCAAACACAUCCAAAAGGCCUUCCCCCUACACGAAGUCUCCGCAAUCUACCCAACGGGUCCCCUCCGCCUGAAACCCAGUGAUAUCCCAGGCUACGAGCCAUCUGAGGGCGGGGAAGCCGAGGAUGACGAAAUCGAAGCAUACGGCUGGUUCCGCCGAUCCAACACAGCCAACCCCCCUCUCUACCAGGGCCUAGAAGACGGUCUCGCCGCUGUUGCAAAGGUUCUCUCGGAGGAGGGUCCGUUCGACGGCGUCAUUGGAUUCUCGCAGGGCGCCGCCAUGGUGGGGAUGGUUGCGGGGUUGUUGGAGACGGGGCGGAAAGAGGCCUUUGCGAAGUUUGAGAAGGAUGAGUCUGAGGGUGCGGCGGGGAUACCGUACCCGUCCUCUUUUGCUGCGGAUGGGUUCCAGCACCCGCCGUUUAAGUUUGCGAUUGCGUACAGUGGGUUCCGGUCUCCUGGGGCGCGGUAUCGGGGUUUCUACGAGAGUCCGCCGGUUCAGACGCCCGUUUUGCAUGUGCUUGGGUCGUUGGAUGCCGUUGUGGAGGAGUCCAGGAGUCGGUCUUUGAUUGAUGCUUGUGCGGGGGAACCGGAGAAGGAUGGCUUGGUGGUUUGGCAUCCCGGUGGUCACUUUUUGCCUAGCCAGCGGCCUUAUUUGGACGCUGCGGUGCGGUUCAUUCGAGAGCAGUUGGAGAAGAGCAACGGUGGUAAGAAGGCAGAUGAGGAGCAAGAUGUGAACGAUAUGGAUGUUCCUUUCUAG